UUGUGUUAGAAGAACAGAGAGAAACGUUGGAGAGGAAUGGAGGAGGAAGAGAACAGAGGAGUGAGAAUAUUCGUAGGAGGAUUGGGUGAAGGAGUGAGCGACGAAGAUCUUCGUAGGUUGUUUGGUUCACUGGGAAGCGUUGAAGGACUCCAAACAAUCCGAACCAAAGGUCGCAGUUUUGCGUACCUUGACUUCCUCACCGAUCCUAAAUCCCUUUCCAAGCUUUUCAGCAAGUAUAAUGGAUGUCUGUGGAAGGGUGGGAAACUAAAACUCGAGAAAGCUAAAGAACAUUAUAUUGAGCGUUUGAAAAGAGAAUGGGAUCAAGAUGCUCUUCUUAGUAGCGAAUCUCCCACUACUGAACAUGUUUCCUUGGACAUGGAGAAAAUGCCAAAUACAAGACCCAUUUCAAAUUCAAAUUCAAAUUCAAAUUCAAAUGCAAAUGCAAACCACCUCCGCAUUUUCUUUCCCAGAUUAAGAAAGGUGAAAUCCAUACCAUUUAGUGGAACUGGCAAGCACAAAUACAGUUUCCAGAAUAUUAAAGUUCCUCCUCUCCCUGUGCAUUUUUGUGAUUGUGAGGAACACUGUCCUCCUUUUCGCACAGAAAAAGAAAAGCUAACUUUUGAUGGGACAGCAGCAGAAAGUGAUGGAAUGAAUGAUGAAGAAAUUAACAUAAUGAAUGCUGUGAUGAACAAGCUAUUUGAAAAAGAGAAAGUUUCCAACACCAAGCAUCUUGGAAAGGAGCAGGAUCCUUUUGAAUCAUCUGAUGGUUUAGAUGAUAGUGCAACAGAUGAAGACGAUCUCAUAAUUAACAUCGGUACGAAGAAAAAUAAAGCAGCUUUAAUAGGGAACGAGGAACUUGAAAGGAUCUUGGAAAAUCAGGAAUCAUGGUCGAAUAAAACAAGAAUUACUAAGGAAGAACCCAACAAGAGUAUGCUUCAAGAGAAGAAAAGGAGUAAUAGCAAUCCUAACAAGGUCAAGAAGAGGAAAUCACUUCCCAAAUUGGAAAAGGAAAGCAAUGGGUGUCUGUCCACUACUACCUGUGUAGGCAAGAGUGAUAAGCAGACCCUUCCAGAUGAACUGGAAUCUGAUGGCCAACCUACUGAGCUAGAAGAUGGUUUUGGGGAAUCAACUAAAAUUUCAUGGUCUCAAAAGUCUUCAUGGAGAGAACUUCUUGGUGACGGAGGUAAUGCUGCUUUCAGUGCCUCUCUUAUAUUGCCGAAGUUCGAUUCUGGUACAGAUCAACAAAGAUCUGAUUGUUCAUCGGCACCCUUAGCUACAAACAACAAAACUGAAAACAUGGAAAGAGAUGGAUACCUAGGGAGCAAACCUACCAAUACACAAGUGAUAAAAGAACUUGCUGAAUCUCAGCCUACCAAUAAACCAGUAAUAAAUGAACUUGCAGAAGCUCAGCAUAAUGUGGCGCCAAAUAAGACCGGCAGAGGUGCUUCGUGGCUGCAAAAGCAAUCCUGGACACAACUGGUUCGGGAGAAUAACAGUUCAUUUAGCAUUUCACAAAUUUUGCCUGGCAUUACUUUCCCAGAGCCAAUGGCCAAGGAGCCUAUUAAGGACCCUGCUAAUUCCAAUGACUGCAAGCAUAAUGGUGUAGCUAAGGAUACUACUGAUGAGGUUGUCAGUGAUGGGUUUAAUUUAAGUGAGAUUAUACCAGAAAAGAGUGACCAUGCUGUUACCAAUGAUAUUGCUUCUACUCCAUUAGCUGAGAAAAAAAUUGAAACAAGUCCAAGGGAAAGAUCCACUGAAGAUGUUGAAAUAGGCGAAACUUGCACAUUUAUGAGAAGUGCUGCUUCUUUGAAAGAGUGGGCAAAAGCUAAGGCUGCUCUAAGUGGAUCACUCAAAAGAAAACGUGGAGAGAAGUAAUAGCACAGGUUUCCAUACAGCAGAAGUACGACGGUUGAGCUACAUUAUCUUUCACAUGGUUUGGAGCAGCUUUUGUAUGCACCCUCGUUUAGUAUUUUUUAAUGGAAGCAGAUGAAACUGUAAGGGAAGGAAGGGAAAAUUAAUUCCCAGAUACUGUGAAAAAAGGAAAAUGAUGUUUGCUCUUUGCACAUCAUUUUUUCACACUUUUCUUUACACUACACAUGUUUAAGGAGAGAGAGAGAGAGAGGGGGUAGAGUGUAUUAAAAUGUGUAUUUUUCUUGAUUUAUUAUCUGAAACAGAAGUGAUUUAAGGAGGAAAUUAGACUGAUGUUUAACAUUGCUAGCAAAAAUAAUGCACGUCCCUGAUGUCCUUGUUUGAUAGUGCAUUGUUGUAUGAACGAUAAUUGUUAUUAUAGGACUUCAGAGUCUAGGGUGUAUCUUAAGUAACAAUUGAUCUAUCAUUUUGUUAUGAUAGAAAAAGAA